AUGAGACUCUUCUGUGAAUGCAGGUGUCGUGUCCCGGGCGUUGCGUCCCAUUCUUUGCGACACUGCUCUGCCUCCUCUCUCUUCGACUCGCGACCCAUUGGUGACGGCGUCGUUCCCGACAGGGCGAAGGUAGAACUAAUAGAACCAGCUGUGAAGGGAACCCUUAAUGUUGAUCCUAAAUAUGUAUUUGACAGUAAUCGUUUGGAAUUGCGGUGGGAGAUUUCUCUUGGAACUAUAAUUAAUCCUAGGAAAGCUGAUGUCUCUGCAAAUAAUAGUGAUGGUGAAAAUCGAUUGCUAAAAUCUCAGGAAGCUACUAGUUCAGGCAGUAAAGCAAAUGAGGUUUCUCUCCUUCAAAGUAAUAGACCAAUGUCAAGUUGUAGCCAGAAAGCCAAAUACCCGUUCAUUUGUGAAUGCUUCUUUAUGAUUGCCAGUGUGCUUAACUUGGGAUUACUAAAAGCAUUUUCGGACUUCAAAAAUCUUGUUCAGGUUGUGCACUUCUUAGUUUGGCAAUGA